AUGGGCGCCUCCCUAUCCCACCUCACCCCAUCCAAACCCCCCUCCCACGCCAAAAAAGACUCCUGGACCGACGCCCUCCACAUGACGCGAAAAAACCUCCUCACGCACUUCGGCCAUAGCACGACCAUACCCGACGAUACCAUCCCCCCAGACAACAUCUUCACGCCCAUCCAGCCCGACCACAUACUCCCCCAGAUCCCCAUCGGCCGGCACCACCCGGUUCCUAGGAAGGGAGUCGAAGAUGACGACCUGAGGACGCUGCAUACGAAUAAAUUCUACGCAAACGCAUUUCUGGGUCAGCAGAAUCAGCCUGUUUGGACACAUCCGUAUUCGGUGUGGUGGGGGAGGGGGUGGGAGGAGGACGGGGUGGUGCGGAGUAUGGGCUUGAAUGUUGGGCAUGUGGAGGAGGGGGAUUUGGGGUUUGAGGAGGGGGAUCCUGCGAAGGUUUAUGUCAAUCCGAGGAAACAGUGCAUUGUUUUGUCGGCGAGGGAAUUGGGCCAGCAGACUCUUCUUACCACCGAUACGCAUUUGCCGUUCUCGGUCAAUGUUAAUCUGCAUUCUGGGUUGCAGGGGGAGCAGCCGAAGAUGACGUUUCCGCUCGUGCAGGGUAUGAGCUUUGUCACGGCUGGGUAUCGUGAUGCUACGCCUAUUAUACAGACUGGUGGGAAGGGGUUUGUUGAGUUUGGCCCGCCGGUCUUGAUGGGACGAACGGUGAAGUAUCGUGUUAAGGAUUUGGACGGUAGGGACUGGGUCAUAUAUAUCAACCCUGUUCCAGACGUCGACUACGACGCCACGAGAUUUGUGCGCAUCGACACGAACACCAUCCUCGGACCCCCAGGUUUCAAAGGCACCAUCCAAGUCGCGAAGAACCCCCUCGGAGCAGAAGGAGAAGCGCUGUACGAUCGAGCCUGCGGAGCAUUCGUCUGCGAAGCCAGAAUCACUGCCACCGUCGACGACAGCAGAGGCGUCUACUCCCUGAGCUACACAAAGAUCGGCACCUCUCCCCUCCUCAUAUUCGCCCUACCACACCACAUCCAAUCCCUCGACCCAGAGCUCAAGAAGCAAGUCACAAGACUACAACUCCGCACCACAACCAAAGGCACCGCAACCGCCAUCUGGGCCGAAAAACUAACCUUCAUCGAGCCCAACCUCCCCGUAACAAUGUCCUUCGGCCCCUGGACCCCCAACAGCACAACAUCCAAAGUGCGCUACCCCCCCGAAGUCCUCGCCUUCAUCAGCGCAGUCGCAGAGCGCGACCUACGCCGCGCAAUGGCCGAAGCCACACCGCAAGACUCAAUGUACUACGCGGGCAAAUCCCUUGCGAAGUUCGCAACCAUCGUCUGGGUGACGAAAGACGUGCUAUCCAACACCGCCCUCGCGACCGCCGGCCUCGACAAGCUUAAGUCGGAAUUCGCCCGCUACGUGGCGAACCAGCAGCGCUUCCCACUCUACUACGACGACAGCUGGAAGGGCGUCGUGUCCAGCGCUGGGUUUGCAGAUCCCGGCGCCGACUUUGGGAAUACGUUUUACAACGACCAUCACUUCCACUACGGGUACUUUGUGUACUGCGCUGCGGUCAUCGGGUACUUGGAUCCGGAGUGGCUGGCCGCUGGGGAUAAUCGCGCGUGGACGAAUAUGCUGGUCAAGGACUUCGCGGAGAGCGAGUAUCGCGGCAGGGAUUAUCCGUUUUCGAGGAGCUUCGACUGGUGGCAUGGACAUAGUUGGGCGAAGGGGGUGUUUGAGAGCGCCGACGGCAAGGACCAGGAGAGUACGAGUGAAGAUGGGUUUGCGAGUUUUGCGGUGAAGAUGUGGGGGAAGGUUGUUGGGGAUGUGAAUAUGGAGAAGAGAGGAAACCUCAUGCUUGCCAUCCAAGCCCGCUCGUUCAACUCGUACUUCUACCUCCAGUCCACAAACAAAAACCACCCCUCGCGCUUCAUCCAGAAUAAAGUAACAGGCAUCUUAUUCGAGAAUAAAGCCGACUACGCAACAUACUUCGGCACCGCCCCCUCCCUAAUCCACGGCAUCCACAUGGUGCCCAUCAACCCAGCAACCUCCUACCUGCGCCCGCGCGCCUUCGUAAAAGAAGAAUGGGACCGUCUGUUCUCGGACCUAGGUCUCGGGCGCGGUCUGCGCGCUGAUGUGGACGGCGGGUGGCGCGGCAUCUUGUAUGCGAAUCUGGCGCUUAUUGAUGCGAAGGCUAGUUAUGCGUUUUUUCGCGAUGGCGUCAAGGGGUUUUGGGACGAUGCGUGGAUUGAUGGCGGGGCGAGUCGGACGUGGUAUUUGGUUUGGGCGGCGGGGAUGGGGGAGUUUGCGAAGAGGGGGUUGCUGUGA